CUGAAGGAGACUAAAGAAGAGGACAUGAUGACAACCCUGACAGAGACUGCAGGAUUUACAAAAGUGGAUAGUGAGGAUCUGAGGACCAGAUCAGGUCGAUCGACACCAGAUGACUUUGUGAUGGUGCCGGAAGCCCUGUGUCUAGAGUCAGAUGGAGAAGAGAGUGUCUGUAUAAGGAAGGCCCCACUGGCAGAGGAAGAGAUGGCGUCAUUUAGUGUAUCAAUACAGAGGUCUCCUAAGCCGAACAGAAUCCAGUUCAACAAUGCUGUGACUUUCUCCAAGGGCAAGGAGAAUGACCCAGCUGGAGGAAGCCCUAGCCGACCUGUCACUCUCUCCAUGGCGACAGCACACUGUCAGUCAGAUCCUAUCUCUGUCCCAUGUGACCUGAAGAGUAAGGCAGGGGAAGUCACUCUGAGGGUCAAACAAAAAGUCAAGUCUCCGGAUGUUAAAAUGGAGAGUGAUAGCCAGGAGCUGGCAGUUGUCAAGCGAGGCUCAGAGACCAAGCUGUCAGGGGUUGACAUGGUUGACGCUGUGCUCAGACGCAGCUCCGAGACCAGGUUGUCAGGGGUUGACAUCGUGGAUGCAGGCUCGUUUUCACCUCCAGCAGUUCAGUUCUGUGUGGGCACACCACCAAGUGGACCGUCAUGGAGGAGGUCAAAUGUGGUGACCCCACCUCCGUACUCUUCAGUGUUGCCUGGUUCCCCACAUCGCAAGUCCUCUAUAACAUCCCCUCAUUUCUCACUCCUUCAGUUCUCCAACCCAUCCUCAUCAGUCCUGGGUUCGCACCCCUCCUCCCUGCCCACAAUCGUAGGUUCCCCCAACAGGUUCCCUGCCAUGUUCCGCCUCAGUUCCCCACACGACAACUCCCCAGAGCCAAUCCAUGCCCCCUUUGCUUCGGCUGGAGCUGCUUACUUGCCUGCAUAUCAUACCAGCAGUACUGUACCUGACAACAUGGUGGCUAUGGCCCACCAUAGAGAUGUUCUUGGUGAGAUUCAACCCAUGGACUACCACCGUGUCAGUACAGACUCCAGUCUUGUGUCCCACCAACUGCACAGUCAGCCAAGGCAAGGACUGAUGGGCUACAUGGGAAGGGAGAGAGUCUCAUCUGGGGACAGCGAUAAAGGAAGAUAUGGUUCUCUGGAGCGAGAUCGCUCUCCUUCGUUUCCAAGGAGAAACAGUGGGCUGGAUAUAUCGCCCCCUCACCACAUGCUGCUGGCACAGUCGCCGUCCACGGGGGCGCAGAAUAUGCCAACUCUUCGCUUUGUGCCGCAACCUCUGUUGGAGGAGACCCUGAUGGAUGACAACCAUAAUGAGACAUUAGGGAAACUGUCGUUUGUCCUUGACCUUGUGGAAUGUAUCCUUGACCUGGCCAGAACUCUGGGUAGUGCAUUUCGCAGCAUAGACCCGGUUGAAACCAAGAAGGCGAAGCACCUGUCGCCGGAGCACUACGGUCAGUACCGGACAUCCCAACGCAGCUUGGAGCAGCUGGUGCUGUAUGCCAGGGCCUGUUCCCUGCUCAACUCUGCCCUACACCUGGCCAGAGACGAGACCCGCAAUAACCGACUGCAGCAGUCCACGAAUUUGUGCAAUGUGCAAGGGCAUUCACCAGGACUUCACCACAGCUGCAAGACGCCACUGUCCCCCAAGCUGCUGAUGGCAACCGCAGACAAACUCAUCUACAACCAGGCAGUCCAUAUGUGUCAGACUGCAGCCCUUGAUGAGUGCUCCAACAAACACACACCGGAAGUCUUGUCUGAGGUGGUCAGGCGAUAUCAGGUGGCUCAGAUUCUCUUCCACAGCCUGGCUCAGACGGCACACAAUGAGAAUGACAAGUAUAUACUCAGCAAAUAUCUGAAAAGUGUGGAGCGGAGGCUGUCAGUGCUGACAACUGAAGGAACUCACUACAACAGACACCAGCAUCAGUUCAUAGACAACCAGCGAUACCAGUGUACAUCUUAG